AUGAAGAGAUUUGCAACGCCCAUUUUAAAGCCAUACUGGCCAUUCUUUGUUGGCGGUGUCACCGUUUUUUGGUUGGUCUCCAAGGCCGCCUCAGCUUCUGCCAACUCUGCAGAAUUUAUCAAUGACCCAAGGAACCCAAGAUUUCAAAGGGGCGGUAAGCAUACGGAAUUGAAGGAGUGA